AGGCUGGUUGUGCUAGCUGCGCCAUGGGUAAUAAACUGAGCUGUUCCUGUGCGCCGCUUAUGCGUAAAGCAUACCGAUACGAGGACUCUCCAUGGCAGACUUCUCGUCGGCGGGACGGCCAUCUCCUGAGUUCGUUCAGGUUGUGGGCUGAGGUGUUCCAUGUAUCUUCAAGCGGUGCUGGUACCGUAAAAUGGCAACAAGUAUCCGAAGAUUUGGUUCCUGUCAACAUUACCUGCAUACAAGAUUCACCUGAAUGCGUAUUCCACAUAACAGCCUACAACAGUCAGGUUGACAAAAUCCUUGACGUACGACUUGUCCAACCAGGCACAAGAAUUGGACAAGCAUCAGAAUGUUUCGUCUACUGGAAGGACCCAAUGACAAAUGACACAUGGGGUUUGAAUUUUACAUCCCCCAUUGAUGCGAAACAAUUUCGGGAAUGUUGUUGCGACGUUUUACAGUCGCCUUCUUUCAAAUUUUCACGAAAGGCCUCCUCGAGCUAUUCGCUGAAAUUGGAUCCACCUGGCAAGAGUAAGGUUAAGGCGAAGCGUAAGCCCGUAAGCACUCCGGCAAGUCCAUCAAGGGUACGAGAGCCCCAGUGUACAUGCAUGACAGCUGAACAAUAUGCACGCUUACGUGCACAGGAUCCAAGAUAUCGAGGAUGCCUUCAUGUAGGUUCAUCAACUCUGCCUCGGACAGCUUCUAGGGCUACAGACACAGAAGCGCAAUCACAAAAGGUUAUGAAUGCAACAUCCAGCACAUCUUUGUAUGAUAAUGUUGCAUCUGGAACACAGUCUAUGCAAUCAGGACAAGGCGAUACACUUUCACGUCAAACUAAAUCACAAGAAACCAAUACCAUGUCCAGUGGACAGAAUAUAUCUGGAAAUGCAAAUUUAGCAGGAGGAGUGAAUGCCUCCAGUGGAGGGGGUGGCGUUGAUUCGAAUUCACAGAAUCACGUGGGAUCACAGAUUGGACAAGACGACAACAUGGGAGGCGGGCAGCGUGGGGAAAUGGAGACGUGUAAGUCAGAAGGCACACAGGCAGGUGGAACCCUUCAGCAGAAUACAUUAUCUUCCACAAAAUCAACUGGUACCGGUACACGCAACAAAGAUUACAACAAGGACUACAACGAUGAAAUGGCACGCGAAUCACACGACAUGCACCACAACAUAAUUAACAACAACACCAGGCGUAAGACAAAGAGCACCGAAGACAUGAACAUGGCAACCGACACAAGCACUUUGAAACGCAUGCUGAAGCCCAUGCCCAGCACCGAGAGCCCGGUUACUUCUCCAGAGAUGGGACGUAGGCGUUAUAACUACUACAAUGCAGCAAACAUGGCCAAUACUCUGGGCCCGCAACAUGCCAUGCACCAGCAUGGAAUGCAUCACAUCAUGAACAACAAUAAUUCGAUGGGAAGGCCAUCUAGUCAGGCAUCACGCUUCUCCGGAUCAAGAUCAUCUCACGAAAUCGGACGUGGUGGAUAUCCGCAAAGAAAUCUAUACUUGGAACUGGAAAGAGAACGCGGUUGCUUGGAAGGCUCUCCGCCAUCGGACAACGUUAUGUUCGACAAUCAGUGUUAUGCCACUACGCCAAGUUCAAGUAAUGGAAAUUCUGAUCAGGACCAGUCUUAUGGUCAACGGAGUGGUGGCGGCAGAGGUCAUCCCCAUCAUCAUCCAGGUCAGCCAAAUGUAACACCGACUCCAGGAAGUCCAACUUCAAGGUUGUUGCUGGAAUACGAAAUGCAUUUGCGCAACACCUUAGCCAAGGGAAUGGAUGCUGAGUCUUAUAGUCUUCACACUUUUGAAGCUUUGCUAUCACAGAGCAUGGAAAAUUUGGAGUUUGCUGAGAGUUUACCAGGAUCCAACCAGCGUAGCCCAUACCCAUUAAGACGUCGAUCUGUAGCCAAUGCCAAGUCAUCAACUUUACCACUACCUCCGCAUAGGCCAUUAACAACUCGUGACAAGGACCGUGAUCGUGAGCGUGAUGGUUACUACAGCGAUCGCAAUGAAUUGAUCAGGGAACGCGAACGAGAACGCGAACGCGAUCGUGGUUAUUUGAGUGAUCAUAAUGCAAGUUUUUCGAAUUCCCGCUGCGCCUCUUGCAUUGGGGAAUCGGCUCGCGCUCAAUGGUUUCGCCAUUCUGAUGGCUGGCGUUCGGGAAGUUCCACAAUGGGCUCUGGGUCUGGUACGGGUAUGAUGCCACCACUUUCAACUGGAUCUGGUCAUAAGCGCUCGCCGUGGGAUUCUCUACCGUCACUCCGUCAGGAUAGCAGCUUGAAUGAUUCAGGCUAUAAAAGUGCACGCGCUGAUUCCUUAGAGCAAAGGGGUGAAUUUAUACGUCAAGAUAGUUUACGUUCUGACUAUUUAAGUGAUCGUGAGCAACGUUAUGGCAUCGUUCAGCAGGCAUCGAUUGAUAGCACCGAUUCCAGGCUAUGCUAUUUGACAUCAUCUGAGAUAUCCGAUGAUGAUCGAAUGAGCUUAACCACGGCCGUAUCUGAUGAAGAUGAUGGCGAAAGUGUCAUGGCGUCACCAUAUAAAGCAAAAUCAACAGGAACAGCAGCAUCUUCAUUUAAUUGCACUGGAGCUGUACGAAAGGCUGGAUUCCUAUCGGUGAAGAAAUGGCUGCUACGCAAAAAACAUCAAAUCGAAUUGGCCCGCAAGCGCGGUUGGAAAGGAUACUGGGUUUGCCUGAAAGGAACCACGUUGCUCUUUUAUCCGUGCGAUUCACGCGAAGGACGUUCUGUCGAGGCGGCACCAAAGCAUUUAAUUAUUGUCGACGGAGCGAUUAUGCAGCCCAUACCCGAGCACCCGAAACGUGAUUACAUAUUCUGCUUGAGUACGGCAUUCGGGGAUGCUUACUUAUUCCAGGCACCGUGUCAGGUUGAGUUGGAGAACUGGGUAAAUAGCAUUCAUAGUGCCUGUGCUGCAGCAUUUGCUCGGCAUCGUGGAAAAACUGGUACACUUCAUCUCCUACAAGAGGAAAUUUACCGCUUGGAUAAAGCUAUUGAAUCGGAUCAUAAACUAAAGCAUAUGGCAGAAUUGCAACAAACAGUUGUCACAGAUCAGGAUACACGUCAUCAAAUCCAAACACAAAUCCUGCAAUGGGAGGAGAAUCUGGAGCGUCUGCAUUGCGAACAGUUUCGAUUGCGAUGUUAUAUGGCAUCGUUGCAGAGCGGUGAAUUGCCUAAUCCAAAAUCCCUUCUGACACAUGUUUCACGGCCCACAAAGAAUACUUUGAACAAGUUGGGCGUUUUUACGGUUUCCUCGUUCCAUGCGUUCAUUUGCGCUCGAUCGCCAUCUUUGCUGAAUAAUCUCUUAGCCGGACGUGGUGCUACCAAACGGCGACCACCAUUACUAUCACGCUCGAAUAGCGGUUCAAGUAGGCGAUCUAUGCAGAUGAACUCACGUGACGAGCCAGAGAAGACCUUCAAAGUACCAAUGCCCGACAAUGCUUAUUCGACAGUUUAUCUACGUGAGGCGAUGUCCUUUGAAGAAUUCCUAGCCAAUGCAUGUGCCCGGAGGAAUCUCAAUCCGAUGGAGCAUUUUGUUCGAGUGAAAAAGCGACGUGACAUGGAGGACCACAAUUAUUUUGUGCCACAUCGUAAUGAUUUGAUUGAAAAUUAUUUGCAUAAUCAUGAAUUCAUUGAAGUCUGCAUGAAGAUCCUUUAUCAAGUCGAACUGCAGCGGACAACUCUGGAACAGAUGUGGGGUUUCUCUGUGGAGGCUGAGCUAAUUGAAAAUGCUGAACGCCAAGACGAACUCUGUUGCUAUGUUAGUCGGGUUGAAGACAAAAGCGUUGCAAUGCACAAUGGCAUCAUCAAGGGGGACGAAAUAAUUGUUAUCAAUGGAGCAAUUGUAUCCGACCUGGAUAUGAUGUAUCUCGAGAGCGUGCUUCAAGAGGAACAGUCGCUGUGCAUGAUGAUGAGGUCAUCCCGCACGGAACCACCAGAUCUAGUUGGAAUAAUGCGAGUGACCGACGACAUGAUUGAUUCAUUGGUUUGCCCACCGCCACCAUCGGAUCCACCGGUAAUGAGUGAGGAAAUGAUUUCUGGCCUCAUUGUUCCAGCUCCAGGAUGGAGCGGCAAGGAUUUGUACUCACCAGAAGCGGAGAGCUCACCAGCACCAUCAUCAUUAGAACCGCAGGUGACGGCUGUGCCAGGCACCAAACAAACUUCGAGGACCAGUAGCUUUGAAAUUGAGAAUCUUCUCAAGACAGCCGAACAGGUAACUGGAUUCUGUAGAUCCCCACAGGAAACACGGAAAUCAAGUCCGACCGGUUCGGUUACAUCAUCGGUUUCGAAUGCAAUGCUAACACCUUCACGACAGCUGACAGAUGCUGAGAAGUUGCGGAAAGCUAUUCUCGAGCUGGUUGACACUGAACGCGCUUAUGUCAGGCAUCUCAAUAAUCUCCUAGAGCACUAUCUGGAACCAAUGAAACGUGAAACGUUCCUCUCAAAUGCAGAAAUCAAUGCUUUAUUCGGUAAUAUUCAUGAAAUUGUUGCCUUCCAGCGUCAAUUUUUGCAAAAUCUCGAGGAAGCUUUAGAAUUGGAGCCAGACUUUCAUAAAUUUGAGCAUCCAAGUCAGUUUCGGAAUGUCCUGUUUUCAAUCGGUUCAGCUUUCCUGUACUAUGUUAAUCACUUCAAGUUAUAUUCAUCGUUUUGUGCCAGUCAUAGCAAGGCCCAAAAAGUUUUACAUCCAAAUGAAGGUAAUAACGCUUUACAGGAAUUCCUAGCGGCUAGAAAUCCUAAACAACAGCACAGCAGCACUUUGGAAUCAUAUUUGAUAAAGCCAAUUCAACGUAUCCUGAAGUAUCCCUUGCUUUUGCAACAAUUGAGAAACUUGACCGAUUCACGUGCAGAUGAGCAUCUUCAUUUAGUUGAGGCACUCAAGGGCAUGGAGAAGGUCGCCGAACAUAUUAACGAAAUGCAACGAAUCCACGAAGAAUAUGGUGCUAUAUUUGAUCAUCUUUUUCGACAGCAUCAGAAAUCCUGUAAACAGCCAAUAGACCUUAGUCCAGGCGAUCUUUUAUACUAUGGCGGCGUUGAAUGGCUAAAUAUUUCGGAUUUCUUAGGAAAAAUUAAAAAAGGUCUUGAGCUACAUGCUAUGUGCUUUGUAUUUAAAUCAGCGGUUGUGUUCCUUUGCAAAGAGCGUUUGCGACAAAAGAAAAAACUAAUGGGCGUUUCUAAUAAAAAUGCUCCAAACGAAGUCGAAAUCAUUCGCUAUCAAGUUCUCAUACCAGUUACGGAGGUACAAGUUCGUGCCUCGUCAGCUAAGGAUAUGGACUCACAUUUCCUAUGGGAAUUGAUACACUUACGCUCACAAUUGCAACGACGUUCGGAGAAAGUCUACGUACUGUCGAAUAGUACAGCAGACUUUCGUAAUGCGUUCCUGAAAACCAUCAGACAGAUAAUACGUGAGAGCGUACGCAACAUGUCAAUUCCGAUGAAGGGAUUUGGUGGUAGUGCUAGCUCAGUAUCGGGUAUAUCAUCUCAAGGUGGUUCGGGUAGUUCACAGACUUUAGAAAGGCCUAAGCAACAGAUAACAAUCAUUCAAGGAUCUCAAACUCUUGGCAAGCCCAAGAAAAAAUCGGGUGCACAACGUCAUUCAGCUGGCAAUAUUGAUUAUGAUAAUCUAUCGGGUAGCCAAGAGGCUGAUGAUGUCCCCAUGCAAUCGCACCAACAAUUGCAUCCAACUGGUUUCAGAAGUCGUAGUAAGACAGUUGGUGAUGCUGCUGAUCCACCACCAAAGCCACCACAUCAUCAACAACAACAGCAAAUUCCAAGUGAUCCAAGCACAGACCCUGGCACCAAAUCUGAAGGUGAAGAAGAUUCCCAACAGGGCACAAUAAAACCCAAAGCAACACUGGGUAGGACACCCAACCAUCUUACUUUAAGCACUACAUCAACCCUAUCGGUCGGAAGCACAGGUAGUCAAGCCCGAUUGAUACAAUCAUCCCAUCCCCCAUCCAGCUAUCAGCCAGUCCUAAUGAAAGAUCUAGGGUCCCCGGUGUGGAAACCACGAGACAUGAUUAGUUUAGGCGAUGCACAGCCAACAUCACGCAAAGAUGACUCGAAAAACUAAUUUUAAUAAUAAAUUAAUAAAAAACAAACAAAAUUUAAACACACAAAAAUUGUCUAUAUAUUUAUAAAUCGAACAAAAAAAUAUAUAAGAAAAUUAUCAUAUUCGAAAAAUUAAAAAAAAAAACUGGAUGAAAAUUAAAUUAAAUAAUAUUGUUUCUCCGAAAAUAGAAAGAAACAAUUCUUGAUGAUGAUAUUAAAUGAAUUAAUUCAUUUCAAAAUGAUAUAAAUUAAUUUACGUAAAUAAAAUUUAUAAACAAAAAAAAAGGAAAACAAAAAACAACUCAAAAAACACAAGACAAUUACUUAUUGUAUUUUUUAAACAAAAAACAAAACAACAAAAUAAUAAAUGAAAUAGCAAAUUAAUUUUUAAUUUCAUCACAAUUAAACGUUUCUCUAUUAAAAAUAAAUUUAAAAAAAUAAAACAAACAAAAACCUAAAACAAAACAUCAGAACUUAUAGAAUAUUAAAAUAUAAAUACAAUUAACAAAACAAAAAUGUAUCCCGAAAAAAAUAGUGUUAAAAGUAUAACUUAUUUAUAAACAAUGGAAACUCAAACAACAUAAAAUACUAUACUACAGAAAUUCAUUAUUAUUAAAACAAUGUUUCAAAGGAAAGAAAAACUUUAGAGAUUCUUCAUGCUGAAGUAAAAAUUUAAGUUUUCAAAAAUCGCAUUUUGUUUUUGAGUCAGAAAACUUAUUUUUUUAUUAUUGUGCUAUUCACAUUUUUAAUGUUUUUAAUUAUUAUCCAUUUCCAAUUUCAAUUUUUAAGAUACCCCUUUUCACAUUAUAUUUAUUAUUAUCUUGAAUAUUUAAAAUGGUUUCAUAAAAAAGGGAAAAAAGGAAUGUUUAGAAGUGAAUUAUUUAAUAACCUACCAUCUUUUUAUUAAAUAAAUGUUUUUAGAUAACAUCUAAAUCAAAUAUCUUAAAUUGUAUAUCCCUAAAAAAAUCAAGUCUUAAAGUCAAGAAUACUGUUUUAACUAAAACGGAAGUUAUUCAAGUCAAUAAACUUUGUGUUUAUGACGUGUGAUAAUUAUACUCCAAAAGUUACCAGGACUUAGUUAACAAAGGAUUAAAAAAAGUUCGUUCGGCAUUUCGAAUAUUACUCGAAAUUUUAAGUCGAAUCUGUCCAAGUUUUCCAACCCACCUUUAUUUCUGUUUUUAACCUCUAUCACAAGAUUAUUUUUUAUUAAGUAGCAAUACUUUUAGUUUGUGAAAAACGUUCUGGCUUUGUUGAUUGCAAUACUGAAUUAUUUUGACUUCAAGUUAUUGAAAGUUUUUAUUGGAUAUGUGCAAAACAACUGAAGUGAAAGUUAAGUCUUAGGACUCAAAUUUUUCUUAAAUUUGAUUUUAAAAUACAUCUAUUUGAAACUAAAUAUCUACUUUAUUAACUUAUUAUUUAAUAAAUACCCAUAAACAUUCUCAUAUCUUAGAAAGUUUGUGGUUAUUAUAUCAAUUCGUGCAUAAUUUAGUAAAGUCUUUUGAUGAUUUGAUAAGCGAUUAACUUGAUUUGCUCUAAAUCGUGGAUACAUCGCAAUUAUUUUAAAAGUAUAGAUUUUUCAAACUUAGUUUCUUAAAAAUGUCAUAUUUCAAAAACAAUAUUAAUUUAUAAUUCUUUAAAAGCUUUACUACAUUUAAAUUUGUUACCCUAAUGACUUUAGUUUUAUCUGACUCAAAAACUCAUUAGCACAACACUAAAUAAAGAAAAGUUAAUAAAAAAAAUAUAUCCCAUCUUUAAUUAUACCAAAAUUUAUAUUAUAUAGCUAAAUUAUUUUCAUUUUUCUCACCAUAAAUUAUAUUGUUUUCUUACAAUAAGCCUUAAGAAAAAUCCACUCCACUUGUCAAAACUUAACUUAUUAACUAUUAAAAUUAAUUACAACACUAAACAAUAAACGAACAAAGAAAAACCAACAACAACAACAAUUUAAAUAAAAAUAAAACCUGCGCUAGGAAAAAUUUUAGAACAAUUUAUUAUAGCAAUUGAUCAGUAUUUAAUAAAAGCAAAACAACAACUAAACAAAAUAUAAUUAUUUACAAUACAUAAGUUAAUUUCACAUAAAUCACACAAUAAAAGAAAAAACACACAAAUGCAAAUGAAAAUAAUUCAAAAAAAGAUCACACACGAAUUAAAAAAAUAACAAAAAACUUUAAAAUUAAUAUAGAAACAAAAAAUAAAUAAAUGAAAUAAGAAACAAAAAAUUAUAACAAAAUAAAAUAUUAAAAGAAUAAAAAUUGAUUAAACCCCAAUGAAGUGAAUAUUUAAUAGAUGAACAAAAGAGAAACGUUUCUUUUGUAUCAAACAAGCAAAAAAAAAAAACAAAGUUAAUUAAAUUUAAACAAACCAAAAACCAAAAAAGCAAAAAAAAUGAAAAUGUUAUUUAUUAUUAAAACAAAUGAAGAAAAAAAUAUAAAACUAAAAAAAUAAAAGAAAAACCUAAAUAAAAUGAGUAAGUAAAUUAAAUAUUAAAUUUAUGAAGUAAGUUUAAGAAUGAAUUAUUACACUUUAAGAGAAUUUUUAUAAUUAUUAACAAAUUAUAUAUUUACAUUGUAUAUUAAUUUAUUUACAUCAAUUUUAUUUAUUAGAAACUAUUUCACGAUUUUAUUUGAGUAUAAUAUUUUUAAUUUGAAUUCAUUAAAUCAGUAAACAGCGAUUUUAACCGAAAUAAAUUAAAUAAAAAUAAAAAAACAAAAAACAAGAUAUUAUAUUAAAAAAGCAUGAUUCCAAUUGAAUGGUAAAACAAAUAAAAGAUAAAAAGAAAACUUAAAAAAAUACGAUGUUAAAUGUUAUAUGUAAAGAAAAAACAAAAAUAUUCAAAGACAAUUUUUAAAUAUAACAAAACCCACAAAACAAUGCAAAAGAAAUAAGAAAAAAUAAACUUUUAAUAAAAAAAAUAUUUAAGUGUUCAAAGUUUAAAUUCUGCAGUUUAUUGAUUUUUAUUUAGUAAUUAUUUAACAGUGUUUUUAUCUUCAAGGCAUAAUAUAUAAAUUCAAAUUUGAGCACUUUAAAGUUAUUAUUAUUGUUUUUGUUUCUUUUGUUUUGUGUUUUGUUUAAAUAUUAAAGACAGUUCUUUGCAAAUACUUUACGAUCAAUUUAUUGAAAUAUUUUUUAUUGUCAAAGAAAUGAAAAUGAAAUUAUAAAAUAAAAGAAAUAGACAAAUAGACUGAAAGACUGUUGUUUUUAUUUAUUUAGAUGGAAAAAGAAUUUCGUGAUGUUUCCUAACAAAUGAAUCUAUAGAAGAAUCAGCCAAAAGAGUGAGUAUCUUAGGGUGAUUUGAAGAAUAAGAAGCCCUUAAAAAUGGAAUAUGAAUAAAUAAGUUGAUGGAUUGGUGAUACUAUCCAAAGCACUAAAAGUCCUCUUAUCGA